AUGGCCCUCCCAGCGCCCCGCUCAGCCGCGGUGCAAAUAAAGCGUCCUCCGCCGCCAGAGUUCACGCCUGCCGCGUCGACCGCGCAGCUGCCGGCCGCCUCCGGACCUACGAGUCCGGUGGCUUUCAAGUCUGUCGGAGGAGCGGGAGUCAGCGCGUCUCCUGCGCCUGGGGCCAAGCGAGAAACGACGCAGAGGCUGUGUAGGAAUGUCAUGAUUUAUGGAUUGAGCGCUGUAUUGAUGAUGCAGUGCAUCUACUAUCACCCAGCUCCUGGAGAAGCUAUUUCGACACCUGCGUCCACCGCGCCCAGUCCGUCGCUUGCCAAUACGUCCCUACCGAGUGCGAACGGAAGCAAGCUAGCUGCUGGCCUCGGCGCUGCUGCGCCUGCUUUCGUGCCAAAGACACCUACAGUGGAGAAUACAUCCCCCGCACACUCGGCGAUCUCUUUGCAGCCGCAAUGGGCAUCUCAGGCCGAUGGUGGGAUCCUUGAACUCGAGGUAGAUGGGGUACCGAUGCAGCCUGGUCUCAGUUACGACGAUCAGUCGAUGUAUAUGACCCAGCAGCAUAUCAGGCCACCCCUCGACUAUAAUCUCUACACCGCCCCACUUACAUCAGUCGCCAAUCCUCCGCUCGCCACGCACCCCCUCCACUCUUUCUGUAUACCCGAUGAUCUCCGACGAUACCUUACCUCCCGAAACGAUGCCCAAUGGUUCGCUCCCUCCGGCAACUCAUACCCCGGUCUCCCAAACGAGAUCGGGGUAUAUCACUCGCUCACCCCCCUCGAUCCGCCCCGGCUACCGAUGCACGGUGGACCCAUCCAUGGGCAUCCACUCAGUAGGAUCUUUCCUCACCCAGCACCGGCGUACCGCGCGCGCAGCACCGUCGAUGGUGGGAUCUACAUGCUGCGCCGGAUAGAGGGGUACAAGCUUGUCAAUGAGGCGGCGUUUGGGGCUAUUGAUAGCUGGAAGAGGAUGAGGCAUCCGAAUAUCGUCAGCCUGCGAGAGGCGUUCACCACCAAGGGGUUCGGCGAUAACUCUUUGAUCUUCGUUUACGACUUCCACCCAGAUUCUGCCACUGUCCUGGACGAGCACAUCCAACCGGAUGCUGCUCCCUUGACGAUGGGCCGCCGGAGACUAGGGAUGCCUAUCCAUGAGAAGGUACUUUGGAGCUAUAUCACUCAGGUCGCCAAUGGGUUGAAGGCGAUACAUAUGAGUGGUCUUGCUGCGCGGAAUAUGGAUCCGAGCAAGAUGUUGAUCACGGGCAAGAACCGGAUCAGACUGAAUGGGUGCGGAAUCUUGGAUGUUCUGGCUUAUGAUGGAUCCACCCCGGUGGCUGUCUUCCAGCAAGAAGAUCUCGUCUCGUUCGGCAAACUCGUCAUCUCCCUCUGCUGCGAGUUCUUUGCGCCAGGCCAGCAUCCCGGCCCAGCACUGGAGCACAUCACCCGCCAGUACUCGCCCGACGUCAAGAAUCUGAUCUUGUUCUUGGUCAGCAAGCCGUCCCCGCUGAAGAGUGUGGACGAUGUUAUCCGAAUGGCUGGAGCGAGGAUCCUGAACGAUCUUGACGCCGCUCAGAACUACAUCGACGUACUGGAGCAGAACCUCGCUACGGAGCUGGAGAAUGCCCGACUGGUACGCCUCAUGUCCAAGCUGGGGUUCAUCAACGAGCGAGCGGAGUUUGAGCUCGACUCGAGAUGGUCAGAUACGGGCGAUCGAUACAUUCUCAAACUGUUCCGAGAUUAUGUGUUCCACAGUGUUGGAGGGGAUGGGCGGCCAAUAUUGGAUAUGAGCCAUGUCGUUACUUGUUUGAAUAAGCUCGAUGCCGGGCUGGACGAGAAGGUCAUGCUGGUCUCGAGAGACGAUCAGAGCUGUCUGGUCGUGACUUAUCGGGACAUCAAGAUCUGCGUAGAGGGCGCAUACAACGAAUUGAGAAAUAGCGGAGCGGGUAUGAUGGGUGCAGGCAUGAUGCAGAUGCUUGGACGGUAA